GACUCUCAAGGUUCAUGAAACGAACCCCCGACAUCUGCUAGUGUUCGAUAACACGAGCUACUAGCUAUUUACCAUAGACGUUCAAGUUGAAUAUUGUCUUUAUAGGGUGUUUCGACUCUAGGCAAGAUGACAGACAAGCUCCCCCCUAACCUCCUUGCCCUGUUCGCACCGCGUCCACCAUUACGCUACAUCCCGCCCACCGAUCGCGCUCCCGAUGAUUGCAAGAAAAGUACUAUUAGUGGUGUCGCUGGCCUGGUCGGCGAAUUGAAGAAAUACGGUGAAGAAGUUCCUUACAAUGCCACCGAAAGCUGGCUACAACGCCGUGCGCGUCUGAAGCUCGAAAAGAAGGAACGCAUGGAACGCUUGCUUACGGAGGGUGUCGAGAAAUAUGAUCCUUCGAACGACGCGCAGAUUCGCGGAGAUCCAUUCAGGACGCUUUUUGUCGCGCGUCUCAGUUAUGAUGUUAAAGAGUCAGACUUGGAGCGGGAGUUCGGACGAUUUGGGCCUAUUGAGAGGAUUCGCAUUGUCAAAGAUACCGAGAAACAGAAUUCGAAAAAGCCACAUCGAGGAUAUGCAUUCAUUGUUUAUGAGCGCGAAAAAGACAUGAAAGCUGCUUACAAGGAAACCGACGGUAUUCGCAUAAAAGAUCGGCGAGUAUUAGUUGAUGUUGAACGUGGUCGUACAGUCAAAGGUUGGAAACCGCGACGCUUCGGAGGUGGCCUUGGUGGUCGUGGUUACACGAAAACUACCCCUGCACGUCCGCUUGGGCCCGGGGGUUUCAACGCACCGUCUGGACCAGGUGGCUUUAGAGGUGGGUUUGGUGGAAGAGGUGGAGGUUUCCGUGGAGGCUUCCGAGGUGACCGCGGUUUCGGCAAUCCCAGAGGAGGUGUUGGUUUUCAAGGUAGUCGAAACGGAUUCGGAGGACAAGCUCCACCAAAUGCUCCUUCAGGCCCUGGAGGCGGUCGCAUCGGUGAUAGGAGAGGUGAUGGCAGGCUUGACCGUGAUCCUAGGAGGGCAACUGGUAGUAAUCAGGAACCGGUAAGGCCGCGUGAUGGGUAUGGUGGUGAUCGGGAUCGCCGUGACAGGGACAGAGACAGGGAUAGGGAUCGUGACCGCUAUGGUGACAGAGACGGCGACCGACGCGAUCGUGACCGUGAUAGAGAUUGGGACCGUGACAGAAACCGCCAUGGAGGAGGAAGGGAUGAUCAGUCUCGCAAGCGAUAUCAUGAAGGUGAUGGAUAUGACGACCCCCGAACAAAGAGAAGGUAUUAAACUUCAAGUUGCCAUUGAUCCCGUAACUACUGCGGGAG